AAUAAUGAAAAAUGGUUUUUUAAAGUUUUUAGAGAUAAAUAUUUACUAAAUAAAAUUUUUAAUUUCAUUCAUACUUAUGAAUGGAUUAUGGUGGAUCCCCAUGCAAGAAUACAGUAUAGUAAUAAAAAGAAAUUUAAGGAUAUCGAUUCAUUACAAUGGAUGUUAGAGAAGAAGCAGUUUCCAUUAAUUAAAUGUAAAUUAGAAGCUGGUGAAAUAAUAUUCAAUGAUAUUAAGGCG